AAGAAAACAACAUCUACAUAUAAUCAGAAACUACCAAAAAACUCAUCACGAGAAACCAAAACAUGACGAUGGCGAGAUGGAUCAACUAUGGUCUUAGCCUGUCAGAAAGACAAAUUCAAUGAAAAAAAAAAAAAACCCCAUAACACUUUUAAGCUGCUCAUCGAGUCAUGUAAAUCUUUUAGGUUACGAGUGUACAAAACAAUGGAAUCCAGGAAAAGUAAAAAAAAAUUACAGAGAACUACGACGCCAAAAGUAAGCGAUAUGCAAUUUAAGACAUUAAAUGAGAAUUGCAACUCUCAACCGAGGAUUCUUCUGAAGGUUAAGCAAAAGGAUGACAAUUCUUCGAAUACCGAAACGUCUGUUACCAUCGCAACCAAAGCAAGUCAUUCCAAACAGGACCCACAGCAACAAAGGGAUCAACUUAAACCUAAGCACUCACAUGCAAGUCUACAGACAACUGCCGAUAACAUGAUCAAAUCGAUCAAUCUAAUAUCAACCAACAAUACAUUGAAUGUUCAUGCGUUAGACUAUUUACAAGAAGCGAACUCAGAUUUUAUUGUUAUUGGUACUAUCGGUAUGCAAGGUGCAGGAAAGUCUACUAUUUUGAACCUAUUGGCCGCAGGUGCUUGCAGAAAGGACAUGGCCCUAUCAUCCAAUGGUUUAGAGGUGUUCUCUGUGAAUAGUAUAUUUACUCAAAAAGAUUCGAACGGAUUUGAAGAUGUUUUCCAUUGUAUAUUACCAGAAAUUAGGAUGCAUAUAACUAAAGACAGAGUUAUAUUACUCGACAGUGCGCCUGUGUUAUCGAAUCGUGGGCAGAAAGAUUUCGUCGUCAGCGAAUUGGAAGACAUUCGAAAAAUCAUUAUGUUGUUGAACGUCUGUCACAUAGUGAUGGUACUGCAAGAAGAAUAUUUUAACAUUAACUUCAUAAGGCUGAUCCUCUGUGCAGAGAUGAUGAUUCAACUGGAUCAUAAAAACAAUUUGACCCCAAAAUUGCUCUUCGUAAAAAACAAAUGUGACCGAAAAAAAAUUACAACACAAGAGAUAGACUUACAUGAAAUGUACUACAAACAUCUAUUUAAAGGCUCGAGAAUCCAUAUAUAUAAUAACAUAUGUGAAAGCCAACGAGUUAAUAUUAUACAUUUUCCAAAACUAGACAAUGACGACAUAUAUGUACUAGCAAGUGUGCAGAAAUUACGUCGGUGGGUAUUUUUGACGCCAACACAUGACGCCGUCGAGAAUCCAGAAACUCUUACUGAAAAAUCAUGGUUCCAGAUAGUUACCAAAGUUAUGGAAAGCUACAACAACAAUUAUUUUUUGAGAAAAUACGAAAACCUUAAAGAAAAAUACAAUUUGCACAAUCACGUAAAUGUUGUUGAAAAUGCGGCUAAGGACAAAAAUUACUUGAACUUUGUAGACACGUGAUCUGUUUUAUUUCUUAGAGAGAGCAACCGAACAAUAAAAUAAUGAAAAGUUUA